AGCCGGUGCGUUGGCCACACACCGCCAUGGGGAGAGGAAAGGCACCCAUCUGGAAAUGGCUGCUGUGAAGAUGCGACUGCUGGGUGUUUGUUAUGGAUCCCCUCAGCCACCGGUGGCCGACAAGUUAUUGAUUAAACAGAAAUUGGACACCGAAAUCAAUUAUUGCGUUGUGUUCCUGUGUGGUUUGAUCCAACACCUUGUAAUGGCUUAGGACAGUGGAAGAAGAGCUGAAGAGAAGAGGACAAAGAAGAAAAUGAGUCAAUUUCCCAGGCUCACCGACAGAGGGAGACAAACACAAGGCUGUCUGGAUGGAGAGUUGGUGUAACACUGUCUUAAGCCUGAGGGGGGCAGAAUGCCGGAGCAGAGCAACGACUAUCGUGUGGUGGUGUUCGGGGCAGGGGGAGUGGGGAAGAGCUCCCUGGUCCUGCGCUUCGUGAAGGGCACCUUUAGGGACACCUACAUCCCCACAGUGGAGGACACCUACCGCCAGGUGAUCAGCUGCGAUAAGAGUGUGUGCACCCUCCAGAUCACCGACACCACAGGGAGCCACCAGUUCCCGGCCAUGCAGCGCCUGUCCAUCUCUAAAGGCCAUGCCUUCAUCCUGGUCUACUCCAUCACAAGCAAACAGUCCCUGGAGGAGCUCAAACCCAUUUACCAACAGGUCUUGGCCAUCAAGGGCAACGUUGAGGCCAUCCCCAUCAUGCUUGUGGGCAACAAGAGCGACGAGACCCAGCGAGAGGUGGACACCAAGGACGGGGAAGCCCAGGCCAACCAGUGGAAGUGCGCCUUCAUGGAGACGUCGGCCAAGACCAACCACAACGUAACCGAGCUUUUUCAGGAGCUCCUCAACCUGGACAAGAAGAGGAACAUGAGCCUCAACAUCGACGGCAAGCGCUCAGGGAAGCAGUCCCGCGCCGAGAGACUGAAGGGCAAAUGCAGCGUCAUGUAACUCCAGGUGAGGAGGAGA